AUGCAUCUCCGCACAUCAACAUCCGCCAUCCUCCUCUGCUGUCUGCUCUCCCUAUUCGCAGGGGCAAGCGCUGAACUCAUCCCUCGCAACAUUGACCUCAUCCCCCGCCAAGCCAGCGCCAGCUCCAGCCCUUCAGCUACCGCCGCGGCCAGCGCCGCGGCCAGCGCCGCCUUCACCGCAGCCGCAUCCGGGGUAGCCCAAGGCGGUGGAGAGAACAACGGCGCAGGCGGUGGCCAAGGCGGUGGUGAAGGCGGCGCAUCAGGUGGCGGCUCCAAUCCGGUCAUUGCAGCGGGCAGCAUGGGAGUCACGUCGGCUUCGAGUAAGGCCGGCGCUGCGCCGAGGGCCACGGGCGAGGUCAAUGCGAGAGCUUUGGCUAUGGGAGCUGCAGGGUUGAUUGUCGGGAUGCUGUGA